UACAGCGCGGCAUCGGCCGUAGCAUCUCCUCCCCUCCCCUGCUCCGCUCUAGGUCACCUUGCCUCGCUGCCGCCUCCGCCUCGUCCGACGCCGAACAAGGGCAAGAGAAGAGAAGCCCGUGCGCCAUGUUCAAGAAGUUCUCUUCGGAAGAUAUAUCUGGACAGAAUCAAGUUAAGGCCUCUGUACAGCGAAGGAUUCGGCAAAGUAUUGCUGAUGAGUACCCUAGCCUUGAACCGUUGCUAGAUGAUUUGCUCCCCAAGAAGUCACCUAUGAUUGUUGUUAAAUGCCAAAACCAUCUGAAUCUUGUGGUGGUGAACAAUGUCCCACUAUUUUUCAACAUCCGUGAUGGUCCUUAUAUGCCAACCCUGCGUCUUCUUCAUCAAUAUCCUGGUAUCAUGAAAAGGUUCCAAGUGGACAGAGGUGCUAUCAAAUUUGUGCUCUCUGGUGCAAACAUAAUGUGUCCUGGAUUGACGUCACCUGGUGGUGUCUUGGAUGAUGAAGUCGAGGAGGAAACACCAGUGGCUAUAAUGGCGGAAGGCAAACAACAUGCACUGGCAAUUGGGUUUACAAAGAUGUCAGCAAAGGACAUAAGGACCAUCAACAAAGGGAUUGGAGUUGACAAUAUGCACUAUCUAAAUGAUGGCCUAUGGAAGAUGGAGAAGCUCGAAUAAGAACUUGCGGUAUGGUCGUAUUGAGAUGUAAUGACCAGUAGAAGUAUGUAUCUGCACAGCUGGUAUCGUUUAAACAGAUGAAGUGGCCAGAAGCUACAUUUUCCGGAUAGAAGUUGAGUUUACUCCAUCCCGUUGGUGUUGGAAUGCCUGUUGAAACAGACUUUGAAUGCUGUGUUCAGCACUGGAACCCUGUAUAAUCCUGCCGGCUUACCAUUGACUGGUGCGCUUUAAUCAAAACAAUUACACUGAAAUGGAAACGAGGAAAUCCUUAAUGCUCGACGUGAGUAA